ACCGGCAGCGGCUCCCAGAAUGAGCGGGUGGCGGUGGCUGCCCCUGCGGUGGCGGCCUUGACCCGACGCGAGCUCUAUGCCUUUCCGUCUCUUCCUCCCGCUUGGCCUCCUGUGCGCGCUGCUGCCCCUGCCCCGUGGUGCUCCUGGCCCCGAUGGCACCGCGCCCGACCCUGCCCACUACAGGGAGCGAGUCAAGGCCAUGUUCUACCACGCCUACGACAGCUACCUGGAAAAUGCUUUUCCCUACGACGAGCUGAGGCCGCUCACCUGUGACGGGCAUGACACGUGGGGCAGCUUUUCUCUGACUCUAAUUGAUGCUCUGGAUACCUUGCUGAUUUUGGGGAAUAUCUCUGAAUUCCAAAGAGUGGUUGAAGUGCUCCAAGACAAUGUGGACUUUGAUAUCGAUGUGAAUGCCUCUGUAUUUGAAACCAACAUUAGAGUGGUAGGAGGACUCCUGUCUGCUCAUCUGCUAUCAAAGAAGGCUGGAGUAGAAGUAGAGGCUGGAUGGCCCUGCUCUGGACCUCUCCUGAGGAUGGCUGAGGAAGCAGCCCGAAAACUCCUCCCAGGUAAAAACCACACAGAGAUGGGGGAAACAGGAAAUCCAGUUGGCAACCACAUUGAUGUGCUCACUGGCAAAUGGGUGGCCCAGGAUGCAGGCAUCGGUGCUGGUGUUGACUCCUAUUUUGAGUACUUGGUGAAAGGAGCCAUCCUACUUCAGGAUAAGAAGCUCAUGGCUAUGUUCCUGGAGUAUAACAAAGCCAUUCGGAAUUAUACCCGCUUCGAUGACUGGUACCUGUGGGUGCAGAUGUACAAGGGGACUGUGUCCAUGCCUGUCUUCCAGUCCUUGGAAGCCUAUUGGCCUGGUCUUCAGAGCCUCAUUGGGGACAUUGACAAUGCCAUGAGGACCUUUCUCAACUAUUACACUGUUUGGAAGCAGUUUGGAGGGCUUCCAGAAUUCUACAACAUUCCUCAGGGAUACACAGUGGAGAAGCGAGAGGGCUACCCACUUCGGCCAGAGCUCAUUGAGAGUGCAAUGUACCUCUACCGAGCCACGGGAGAUCCCACCCUGUUAGAACUUGGAAGAGAUGCUGUGGAAUCCAUUGAGAAAAUCAGCAAGGUAGAAUGCGGAUUUGCCACAAUCAAAGACCUCCGAGACCAUAAGCUUGACAACCGCAUGGAGUCCUUCUUCUUGGCUGAGACUGUGAAAUACCUCUACCUGCUAUUUGACCCAACCAACUUCAUCCACAACAAUGGCUCCACCUUUGAUGCAGUGAUGACCCCCUAUGGGGAAUGCAUCCUGGGGGCCGGGGGCUAUAUCUUCAACACCGAAGCUCACCCCAUCGACCCUGCCGCCUUGCACUGUUGCCGCAGGCUGAAGGAGGAGCAGUGGGAAGUGGAAGACUUGAUGAGAGAAUUCUAUUCUCUCAAUCGAAAAAGGUCAAGAUUUCAGAAAAAGACCAAGAGUUCAGGGUCCUGGGAACCUCCAGCAGGGUCAGGCACACUCUCCUCACCGGAAGCUCAUGGCGAGACAAGUGAGAAGCAACCUGCCAAGGAGAAAAUCCCACUUCUCAGCUGCCCCAGCCAGCCCUUUACCUCUAAACUGGCAUUGCUGGGACAAGUUUUCCUAGAUUCUUCAUAACCACUGGAUGAUUUUUUUUUUUACUUUUUUGAGACUAAACUAUAGUAAUAAAUGUGCUUUUGGCUAUCACAUUUCA